GAAAACAAAAGCCCUAAACAAUGCUUGAGGGAAGGACACUGUAGGAAUUUGCAAAUGACGUUUUUUGCAUGCAAAAGAUCGAUG